AUGGCCAAUAAAGCCAAGGAAACUGGUGAUAUCCAUUUCCCUUUUCCCUUCACACCCUAUUCCAUCCAGAAAGACUUCAUGACAGAGCUGUACCAGGUGCUGGAGGCAGGCAAGAUUGGGAUCUUUGAGAGUCCUACUGGCACUGGAAAAUCCUUAAGUCUUAUUUGUGGGGCCCUUACGUGGCUCCGAGACUUUGAACAGAAGAAAAGUCAAGAGGAAGCACAAGUUCUUCAAAGGGGAAAUGUCCUUUUACCUCAUGGGAAGGAUCAGCCCCCACUGAUCUCAUCUUCCUGCCAAGACAGUUCCAACAUCUCAAUGCCAGCAGGAGAGCCUGACUGGGUUACUCAGUUUGUGCAGAAGAAAGAAGAAAGGGACCUGGUAAAUCGACUCAAGGAGGAGCAGGUCCGGAGAAAGAAGCGAGAAGAACGUCUGCAGCUGCUCCGCCACAAUGUCCAGCUCCAGUAUGCGGCCAAGCGUGCGAGACAGAAAGAAGAGGAAACAGAGCGUCUCCUCCACCUCAGCAGAGAGCUACUGGCAGCAGGCACUGAGCAGCAGGAGCAGCUGGCAUGUGAGGAUGAGGAGGAGGAGGUGGUCCUCGAUGAAUAUCAAAGUGAUGAGGAGAGAGGAAGAGCUCUUGGAGUUGAGGAGGAAGAGGAUGACCUGGAAGAAGAACAUGUCAUGAAGAUUUAUUACUGCAGUCGGACACACUCCCAGCUGACCCAGUUUGUGCAGGAGGUUCAGAAGAGCCCCUUUGGCAAGGACACCCGGCUGGUCUCCCUCGGCUCUCGACAGAACCUUUGUGUCAAUGAAGAUGUGAGAAUCUUGGGCUCUGUGCUGCUCAUCAAUGACCGCUGCUUGGAGAUGCAGAGAUGCCCACAAGAAACAAUGAGCAAAGCAGAGGAAGAGAAGCCAAAGCGGAGACGGCGAGAGCAGCGGGCUUCCUGCCCCUUCUACAGCCAUGAACAGCUGCAGUUCUUCCGGGACGAGGUCCUGGUGGCGGUGAGGGACAUCGAGCAACUGGUGACCUUAGGAAAAGAGACCCACGCUUGUCCCUAUUAUGGGAGCCGGUUCGCCAUUCCUGCAGCGCAGCUGGUGGUGCUACCCUACCAGAUGCUGCUACAUGCAGCCACCCGGCAAGCUGCAGGUAUCCAGCUAACGGGCCAGGUGGUGAUCAUCGACGAAGCACACAACCUGAUUGACACCAUCAGCAGCAUCUACAGUAUCGAGGUCAGCGGUUCCCAGCUCUGCCAGGCCCAUUCUCAGCUGCUCCAGUACAUGGAACGAUACCAGAAGCGGUUGAAGUCCAAGAACCUUAUGUACAUCAAGCAGAUCUUAUUCUUGUUGGAGAAGUUUGUGGCUGUCCUAGGUGGAAAUAUUAACCAAAAUCCCAACAUGCAGAACCUCACACAGUCAGGAACUGAGCUGAAGACCAUCAAUGACUUUCUUUUCCAGAGCCAAGUUGACAAUAUCAAUUUGUUCAAGGUGCAGCACUACUUUGAGAAAAGCAAGAUCAGCAGAAAGCUUUUUGGCUUCACAGAGAAGUAUGGCGCUGUCCUCACCCCUUCCAGGGAGCCACCCAGGCUUGCAGGGUUUCAGCACUUCCUGCAAAGCCUGCAACCAGCUGCAGCUCCUGCCACCUCCCUGGAGGAAGAGGCUGGACCUCCCCGACCCACUUCCCCCCUGAUGCACAUUGAAGGCUUCAUCGCGUCUCUCACCAGUACCAACCAGGACGGCAGGAUUAUCCUGAGCCGCCGAGGAAACCUCAGUCAGAGUACCCUCAAAUUCUUGCUCCUGAACCCAGCCAUGCACUUUGCCCAAGUGGUAAAGGAAUGCCGAGCCAUGGUCAUCGCAGGGGGCACAAUGCAGCCGGUGUCUGAUUUCCGGGAGCAGUUGCUGGCGUGUGCAGGGGUGGAACCAGAACGAGUGGUGGAAUUCUCCUGUGGUCACGUGAUCCCUCCAGACAAUAUUCUGCCCCUUGUUCUCUGCACUGGGCCCUCCAACCAGCAGCUGGAGUUCACAUACCAGAGGAGAGAGCUGCCUCAGAUGAUACACGAGACGGGACGCAUUCUCUGUAACCUGUGCACUGUGAUCCCUGGAGGGCUGGUCUGUUUCUUCCCGUCCUAUGAGUACCAACGCCAGGUCCACGCGCAUUGGCAGGAGAGUGGUCUGUUAGAUAGUCUGGCUGCCAAAAAAAAGAUAUUUCAGGAACCCAAGAGAGCAAACCAGGUGGAGCAGGUGCUGCUAGAGUACUCCAAGUGCAUUGAGCGCUGUACCCAGGAAGGAGGCCAGGUGACCGGAGCCCUGCUGUUUGCUGUGGUUGGAGGGAAAAUGAGUGAAGGAAUCAAUUUUUCUGACAAUCUUGGCCGGUGUGUGGUCAUGGUGGGCAUGCCUUACCCCAAUAUCAAGUCUCCUGAGCUGCAAGAGAAGAUGGCUUACCUGGAUCAGGCCCUUCCCAGAACCCCUGGGAAUCCCCCUCCUGGUAAGGCUUUGGUGGAAAAUCUGUGCAUGAAGGCUGUCAACCAGUCUAUAGGCAGAGCCAUCCGGCACAAGAAAGAUUUUGCCAGCAUUGUACUCCUGGACCAGCGCUACAGCCGCCCAACAGUCCUGGCAAAGCUGCCAGCCUGGAUCCGAGAACGGGUGGAAGUCAUUGCUACCUUUGGCCGUGCCAUUGCUUGUCUGCGGAAGUUUCAUCGUGAGAAAGCUGGCUCUUCCUGA